GACAGAAAUGUUGAAUCGAAUCGCAAGUGUCGAGCGAGCAGAAAACGUGCGCAUGCCUUGAAGUUAUGAAGCUAAGUUUGUAAUUUAGACUCUGAAAUAAUAGUUGCAAAAUUCCGACAAAUGGACGAAUUAAUCGUAGGAACAUACGAAGGUUUCCUACUGGGAUAUUCAGUAUACACCGAAAAUUCGGUGCCUAAAUUGAAGCAGUCCUUUGCUACACAAUCUCACACAGCAUCUGUGCGAUGUGUGACCACUGGAGGAAAGUUUUUGGCAUCUGGUGGUACUGAUGACAAAGUCGUGGUAAUAGAUCUGAAGUCGCGCAAGGAACACACAGUCUUAAUGAACCACGAUGGUACUGUCAAUACUGCUGCGUUCACACAUAGUGGCACUCAUCUAUUAACCGGUGCUGAUGAUGGAUCCAUCAUCGUGACUAGAACAGGAAACUGGCAAAUUGAGAAAAUAUGGAAGAAAGCUCAUGGAGGACAACCUGUGACUGUAAUUGCUGUUCAUCCAUCAGACAAGCUCGCUCUGAGUAUAGGAGGUGACAAGACUUUAAGGACAUGGAAUUUGAUCAAGGGAAGGCCAGCAUUCACUAUUAAUUUAUCCAGCAAAGGUAUAACAAUGCCUACUGAAAUCAAAUUCUCACCUGGAGGUGACCGGUUUUCUUUAGUUUACCAGCAAUGUGUAGAUGUGUGGACAAUUAGCAAAGCAGGAGUAGAAAAACAUAUCACCUGCAAUUCCAAGCCAACUUCUGUUCAGUGGGUAACUGAUGACAAAAUGUUUGUUGGACUAGAAAAUGGAAACAUAAUUUUAUUGACUGUUUCUGAUACCAAAGCCCAAACUUUCCAAGGACACAAACAGAGAGUGAAAUGUCUCCAUUAUGAAAAUGAAAUGCUAUAUUCAGCAUCUAGUGCAGGAGAACUGAAAAUCUGGUCAGAUGCUGAUGACACCAUUACAGAAAUAUGUUCAAACAAUGCUGGCUGUAGGCUUACAUGUGUUACACUGAACAGACAAAAUCAUUUGGUUAAAAAAGAAGAAAAGUCAGAUGAUGAACCAGACAAAGAAGCAGAAGAAAAAAUAGCCAAAAGCAAUAGUGAAGAUUCAGAUGAUGAGCCAGCUGAAAAAGUAAAACUGCCACAGAAGAGGCAGCCUGGUGCAUUUGUUAAAAUAAGCUAUGGAAGUGAUGAGGAAGACAAGAAGGAAGAAACAUCUCCUCCUAAAAAGAAAUUCAAAAAAAGAAAACGGAAUAAAAAGCUUAAAAACAAGAAUAAAAUAAAUGAAUAAAAUUAUAUUUUUUGUUA